CGCUGCUGUCGUCGCUGCUGCCGACGAUGCAACACCUCGUUUCCCCGUCGGGCUCCGGGGGAAACAGCCGCUGCUGGGGGGCCCUGCCGGCGCGGAGACCGUGCUCCCACCUCCGCCUCAGCCUUUUCUUCCGUAAGCAUCCAUGACAGGCCCGCCGGAGCGAGACGCGAGACGAAGAUGUUUGCCGGAGAAGGAAUCUGCAGCCAUGGGUUUGUUCUUUGGCCUUGGAUGAGCUGAAAUAAGCUGGACCCACGAUACUCCACCAAGCGGCCCCUGCCCAAAGCAGGGGGUCCCCUCUCCCCAUCUCCAGCUAUGGCCGGCUUCAAGAGGGGUUACGAUGGCAAGAUCGCCGGCCUGUACGACCUGGACAAGACGCUGGGCCGCGGCCACUUCGCCGUGGUCAAGCUGGCGCGCCACGUCUUCACCGGGGAGAAAGUGGCCGUGAAGGUGAUUGACAAGACUAAGCUGGACACCGUAGCGACGGGUCACCUUUUCCAGGAAGUCCGCUGCAUGAAGCUGGUGCAGCACCCCAAUAUCGUGCGCCUGUACGAAGUGAUAGACACUCAGACCAAGCUUUACCUCAUCCUGGAGCUCGGCGACGGAGGGGACAUGUUCGACUACAUCAUGAAACACGAGGAAGGUCUGAACGAAGACCUGGCUAAGAAGUACUUUGCCCAGAUUGUCCACGCCAUCUCCUACUGCCACCGUCUGCACGUGGUCCACCGGGACCUGAAGCCGGAGAACGUGGUCUUCUUUGAAAAACAAGGACUCGUGAAGCUCACCGACUUUGGAUUCAGUAAUAAAUUUCAGCCGGGGAAAAAGCUGACUACUAGUUGUGGAUCUCUGGCGUACUCUGCACCAGAAAUACUGCUGGGGGACGAGUAUGAUGCGCCAGCUGUAGAUAUCUGGAGUCUGGGCGUGAUCCUGUUCAUGCUGGUUUGCGGCCAGCCGCCCUUCCAGGAAGCCAACGACAGCGAGACCCUCACCAUGAUCAUGGACUGUAAAUACACCGUUCCUGCCCACGUUUCCAGCUUCUGCAAAGACCUGAUAGACCGCAUGCUUCAGAGGGACCCGAAGCGCCGAGCCUCUCUGGAAGAGAUUGAGAGCCAUACUUGGCUACAGGGGGUUGAUCCGUCUCCAGCCACCAAGUACAGCACUCCUCUGGUCUCUCACAAGAAUCUGUCAGAAGAGGAGCACAACAGCAUCAUCCAGCGCAUGGUGCUGGGAGACAUCGCCGACAGAGAGGCAAUAGUCGAGGCCUUGGAGACCAACAAGUACAACCACAUCACAGCCACGUACUACCUGCUGGCUGAGAGGAUCCUGAGGGAGAAGCAGGAGAAGGAGGUCCAGACCCGCUCCUCCAGCCCCAGCAACAUCAAGGCGCAGUUCAGGCAGUCCUGGCCCACCAGGAUGGACAUGCACCAGGACAUCGAGGACAGUUUGGCAGCUUCGUCCAUCUCUCACGCCGGGGGCCCCCAGUCCCCCGCCCGCAGCGCAGAGAGCCUCCUCAACGGACACCGCUCCAAAGGCCUGCUGGAGCUGGGCCGGCGGGAGGACAGCUCGGUGACCGACUCGCCAGGACCCCCCCAGGGAGCCUUCGCCGCCAGCUCGACCUCGGCCCCCGCUGCCGUCUCUGGGACCACCAGGGCGCCCGUCCCCUCCACUUCGGCCGCCCCCAAGCAAAGAAUCUGCUUAUUCAGGGUGGAAGAGGACGAGGAGGAGGAGGAAGAGCAGGAGCCGUCCCCCCUCCCAACGGUAAUCCUGCGGAGGAAGCCCCCCUCCAUCACCAACCGCCUCACCUCCAGGAAGAGCGCGCCCGUGCUCAACCAGAUCUUCGAGGAGGAGGGCGAGUCCGACGACGACUUCCACACGGACGAGGGCCUGCCGCCCAAACUCAGCCGGCUCAAGAUGAGCCUGGCCGGCGGCGGCGCAGGCAGCCUGGCCCCGGGGGCCGCGGGGGCCCCUGGCGCCCCCUCCUCCUCCUCGUCCCCGGGGGCCCAGCACAAGCGCUACCACCGCCGCAAGAGCCAGGGCCGGGGCUCGUCCUGCUCCAGCUCGGAGACCAGCGACGACGACUCGGAGAGCCACCGCCGCCGCCUGGACAAGGACUCGGGCUUCGGCUACGGCUGGAACCGCAGGGACAGCAGCGAGGGGGGGGACGGGGGGGGCAGCAGCUCGGGCCAGGGCAAGCCCCCGUCCCCGGGGGGGGGCUCCUCCGGCCCGGACAAGGACAGCCCUCCCGGCGCGGGCGGGGACACCGGAGGAGAGGGCGGCGGCGGCGGAGGGGGGGGCGGGCCGGGCGGAGGGGGCGGGAGGGGUCAGGACGGGCCCCCCAGCUGCUCCAACAGCAGCUCCCAGCCCUCCCUGUCCCUCCCCCGGGCCUCCCGCACCUCCAGGAGCCAGGAGCUGGUGGAGAGCCUGAAGCUCAUGAGCCUGUGCCUCAGCCAGCAGCUGCAGGGCUCUCGCGGCGGGCGGGGGGGCCGCGGACGCCUCAUCCUGGACCCCCGCGGCGUCAGGCUGUGCGUGGGCCCCACCAUCACCCUCCCCACCACCACGGGCAGCCUCCGCACCAAGACCCAGGCCCCGGCCGGCCCCCACGGGCCCCCGGCGGGGCCCAACCUGGGCCUGAAGAGCGGCGUGCUGCAACUACCUCUCUGUGAGAAAACCAUCUCCGUCAACAUCCGGCGGGGGGGCGGCCCCAGAGACGCUCUGCUCUGCAGCUCCGCCCCCGCCAGCUGCUGCCAGGUCAUCUGAACUCUGACCCCCCGGACCCCGGACCCCCCCCUCCAGCCUCGCUCCCU